GCCACUUUGUGUGUCUUUUCAGCCUGUUUAGGUCUUUCACAGCAACGAAGAUCCCGUGUUGAACUGAUGAUAUAAACUAAAACGAAAAAAGGACGAAUAUUUAUUCUGACUUUUGUGGACAUAAAGACUAUAUGGAUAGCCCGUGUAUUGUCUUUCAAACAAAUUAAGUGUUUUUGUUUUAAAGGGGGAAAAGACAAGUAAGCUAGGUUAGCUGGUUUACGAACUAGCAGCAAUUGUGGCUAGCAGGCUAACGUUAGCUGUCACUCGUUAGCUUCUCUGUCAAACAGCGUCUGAACGCGCGUGUCGUCCUCUCUGUCGCUGACGGUGUGUAGGAAACGUUUUCUAAACACCUAGAACACCCUGCUCAAAGUGGUCGUUUAUGGGAUAACCAUGUCAAUGAAGCAGGCCGGUGGAAAUCGCAAACCCGGCGGGAGCAGCAGCGGGGCUGCCUCGGCCUCUGGCGCCGGAGGCUGCGGAGGAGCUGCGGGACGACAGAGUUUGGGCAGGGGACGCAACAGUGCCAAAGUACCCUCCGCUGCAGUGGCCUUCAGUGGAGUUUAUGCAAACAUGAGGAUGGUUCAUGUCCUGACUUCAGUAGUGGGAACCAAAUGUGAACUUAAAGUAAAAAAUGGAGUGAUCUACGAAGGUGUCUUCAAAACAUACGGACCGGAGUGUGAUCUUGUCCUGGAUGCGGCUCACAGAAAGAGUCCUGAGCCCAGCAUGGGUCCUCGCCGUGAGGACAUAGUAGACAGCAUCAUAUUCAAGUCCUCAGAUGUUGUGGUUGUGCAUUUUAAAGAUGUGGACCUCAGCUAUGCCAAGAGAGUCUCAUCAGAACAAGAUAACUUCACAGACACUGCAGUAAGUUCUCGUAUAAAUGGAGAACACAAAGAAAAGGAUCUUGAGCCCUGGGAUGGUGGAGAUCAACAUGUCUCAGGCAGCCUGGAGUCUCUUGACAAUGAUUUGUCGAAUGGUUGGGAUCCUGACGACAUGUUUAAAUACAAUGAGGAAACAUAUGGCGUGAAGUCUACAUAUGACAGUAGCCUUUCCUCAUACACGGUGCCGUUGGAGCGAGACAAUUCAGAGGAGUUCCUAAAGCGAGAAGCUCGUGCAGCCCAGCUGGCUGAAGAGAUCGAGGCUAGUGCUGCCUACAAGGCCCGUGUGGCCCUGGAGAAUGAUGAACGUUCAGAGGAGGAGAAGUACACAGCUGUAGUGAGAGAUUCUCACACCCUCAACAGGGAGAACAAAUACAUUCCCCCAGGUCAGAGGAACAGAGAAGCAGGAAUGUCAUGGGGUACAGGGCGGCAGAAUUCUCCUAGGCUAGUGCAGUGUAGCCCUGGACCACCGACACCUAGAGCUGGCCCUCAUGACUACAACACAUUAUCUGGUGUGGAUCAACGUGUUGUCAAUGGAGGUGCCCAUCCUUGGCCCUCUCGCUGUCCAUCUCCCUCCUCUCGCCCUCCCUCCCGAUACCAGUCAGGGCCCACCUCCCUCCCACCCCGGGCAUCCACUCCCACCCGGCCGCCCUCCAGACCCCCAUCUAGGCCCUUGCGGCCCCCUUCUCAUCCCUCUGCCCAUGGCUCUACAGCACCCCAUUCCACUGUGCCCAAACGUCUAUCCUCGGAAGGUCCUCCAAGGAUGUCUCCGAAGUCACAGCGGACACCUAGGGGACACAGAGUGGCUUCCUGCCGUGGCGGUGGACCUCCUGGAACGGACUUCAUGUCCCAGGGUGCGUCUGCGGAGGUUUCCGCUCCUCCUCCUGCCCGUAGCAGUCCCUCUGGGGGCACCUGGUCUUCAGUGGUCAGUGGAGCACACAGACCACGUUCUCCUAGACAGAACAGUGUGGGAGGAGCACCUCCUGGCCCCUCUUCCUUGUCUUCCCCACAGGCUGGCACAGUGCCUGUUGACUCUAUGACCACACCUGCUUCGGCAACGUCACCAACUACAGCAAGCCCUGCACCUAACCUGGCUGCAACACCUUUAGCAGAAGCAAAAGAGUCCAGAAUACAAGAAACAAGGCAGAAUUCACCCUCUGCCAAUAAGGAGAAUGUGAAGCCUAUGGAAUCGUCUUCUGGCAUCAGUAGGCCAGCUAGUAAAGGACCUCCCAGCAUGGCUCCUGACCACAGAAAACAGAUAGAUAAUUUAAAAAAAUUUAGUGUAGAUUUUAGGUUGCAGUCCAGCUCAAAUCCAGAUCCGGUUUUUGAGACUACGGUGACCAAGUCUGCCCGGGAACCUGGGGACAAACCAAAGGAGCAACCCAUUGAAAAGAGCACAACAGACUCGACAGGACCCAAAGUUUGCUCAGAAUCUUCUGGCAGUGAUGAAGUGUCAGCCACCCCUGCUGGGAGCAAGCCUAGCACCCCGUCUCCAUCUCCCUCUUCUUCAGCUCUUGCCGCUGUGUCUGAGCAAAAACGAGGGCCUGACGUAACAUCUCAGGGUGUCCAGACUUCAUCGCCUGCUGUCAGUGCUAGUGCAAAAUCAGACAAAGAGGACAAAGAGGAAAAGAAAGACCCUGUACCAGAGAGUGUUAGAAAAUCAACUCUCAAUCCUAAUGCCAAGGAGUUCAACCCCAGAGCGUUUUGCACCCCACCCAAACCAGCUACAACUCCCACUCUGCCACGGCCACAAGGUCAACCUAGUCCUUCCAUUGUCGUGCAGCAGUCCCCUGCCGUGUACGGCCAGGCCAUGUGCUUCCCCCAGAUGUACCCACUGGCUUCAGUCAGUCCUGGAGUGCAGAAAAGCAUUAUCUGGAAGCAUCCCUCAGCAGUGUACCAUGUUCCGGUUCCUCAUAUGACUGUGAGCCAGUCCAAGCCCUACAGACCAGGUAAAGUACCCAACAUGCCACAGCAAAGACCUGACCAGCACCAUCCACCAGGCACGUCUACUAUGAUGCACCCUGCCACGGCUGCCGGACCCCCCAUUGUGGCUCCAAGCCCAGCCUAUUCCACUCAGUACUUCACCUGUAGCCCCCAGCAAUUCACCAGCCAGCCCCUGGUGCAACAGAUGACCCACUACCAGUCCCAGGCCCAGCAUGUGUUUAGUCCGGUGAUGCAGGGCAGUGCAAGGAUGAUCACCCCACACACCCAUGGCCAGCCCAGCCUGGUCUCCUCCUCCACCACCCAGUAUGGUGAGCAGACGCACACUAUGUAUGUUUCUGCCCCCAUCCCCCAACAGUACCCACACCCCAGUGCCACUCUACAUCCUCACCCCCAACACCCUCAGCCUUCAGCCACACCCACAGGACAGGCCCAGCAAGGGACCCAGCAUGGGGGCAGCCAUCCCGCUCCCAGCCCAGUUCAGCAUCCUCAGCACCAGGCAGCAGCAGCAGCUGCUGCAGCCCAGGCCCUUCACCUGGGGAACCCUCCCCAGCAGCAGAUGUACUCUGCCCUGGCUCCCACCCCACCCUCUAUGACCCCGGGCCCCAACCCCCAGUCCCCUCAGGCCACCUUCCCCUCAGCCCAGCAGGCUCUUUACAUCCACCCUUCACAGGUCCAGCAUGGAUACAGCCCAAACCCUAUGGCUCAUGUGCAACAGGCGCACAUGCAGUCAGGAAUGGUGCCUACCCACCACGGCACUCCCUCCCACCCUCCUGUGAUGCUGAUGGCCACUCAGCCACCUGCUGGACCCCAGCCCCCAAUGGCCCAGGGCACCCUCAAUCCUAUCCCUGUCUCCUCAACCACACACUUCUCCUAUAUGGCACACCCUCCGGUACAACCUCACCAUCAGCAGCAGCUGUAGAGGACGUGGAUUGGCAAGCGAGAGCCGACUCCAUUGACACUUGUUCCUCCCAACCCUCUUGGCCUGCCCCAUGACCUACUGGCUGACCAAUCCUUCUCCUUCUCCUUCUCUAAAUACCCAAUGAAAUGGCCACUAAAACUUCAAUCAUGCUGCACUUCUGCUACUCUCCACCAGUAAUUAAUGCUAACAAGCAAAGUUGCGGUGAACAGAUGUGUUUUUUUUUGUUUUUUUUGUUUUUUUUAACAAGAGUUUUAACAAGAGAGGGACUGUUUUCAUGUUAUAACAGCAACGCUAUGAGUGAGAAACUGAAAGUCAAGAAACUGGAACUUGCAUUUCGUCUGCACCUUCUAAGUUAACAAAAAUUCUUCCAAUCUAUUGACAGUAUUAACAUUACUGUUAAAAGCUGCUGCUAUUGCUGCGUUCAAGAACUUGGGGUAAAGGAAAGCAAAACAAAAGAAAAAUAUUCUAACCAAACUAAACAAAACAGAAACUUCCAGUGAUGAAAAAAAUUUGACAGAAAGACAGAUUGAUUAUUUAUUAAUCUAAUCAGAUGAUGACCCCAUCACACUUGACCGUUACAAAACUGUUAAGUUAAAAGAACUUUUACUUUGUAGAUAAUAUAAAUGAAUAAAAAAAAAUUAAAAAACAUUAAAAAAAAGUUUUAAAAACUG